AUGACUACUGGGACCAGUGGUCUGCCCAGUGGUGCUGUUGCUCCACAGAUUAUUGAGAAACGGCGACGUGACCGAAUCAACAACAGCCUGACUGAUCUCAGAAGACUUGUGCCAAGUGCGUUUGAGAAGCAGGGAUCGUCAAAAUUGGAAAAAGCUGAAAUGUUGCGGAUUACUGUGGAUCAUUUGAAGAUGAUACAUGCUGCCAGUGGACAAGGGUAUUUAGAAGCCCACGCCCUGGCCAAGAACUACCGCAACCUGGGCUUCAGGGAGUGUCUGUCAGAGACGGCCCGCUACCUAAGCAUCAUGGAGGGCUGGAACAGUGUCGACCCACUCCGCGUACGCCUGGUCUCUCACCUCAACAACUACGCCUCUCAGAGAGACAUCCACACUGGAUUGACUGGACACCCUGGACAACUAGCCUGGGGCUCCGCUUUGAGGACACCCUCUGCCCACCUGCCACACCCCCUCUUACCACUCCCCCAGGGACGGACACUAGCCCCCCACAGUACCAGCAGCCCACCCUCCUCCUGCUCCAUCUCCUCCUCCUCCUCCAUGUCAUCCCCCUGUUCAACUGAUACCUCAGUGACCUCCAGACUCAGCGUGACGGCCCCCUCAGAGGCACUCAGGGUGCCCCCCAAUGACAAUCUACCCCUGGGGCUGGCCCUGUCAGUCUCAGCCUCCAAGCUCUCCCAACCACCACCCCUCCUCUCCUCCCUGUCUGCCUUCUCCUUCACUACUUUUCCCCUAGUGUCCCCGGCAGCCCUCAAUUCAUCAGGCUCCUCCACAGCCCUGAGAAAUCAGCCUUACAGGCCCUGGGGGACCGAGAUCGGGGCCUUCUGAACUCUUGUGAUCAU